AUGGCCUUUGACGCAGUCAAAGUCAAGAUGCUGCCGACCUUUUUUCUUCUUCUCUUGCUGAACCUCGGGCUCGUUAUCACGACCGUCCACAAGUCCGGCUCCCCUUCUCGAAAAACGACUGGAGAUAUCAAGCACUUCCAGCACCAAGACUUCGAGUUCGUGCAGUCCAUCUUCGCCAGAAUAGCCAACUUCGAGCCGCCCAAGGAUCACAACCCCGCCGAUACCCUUGCCUUGCUCUCUACCUUUGACAUGGACGCCACGUUAAGUCCUUACUGGUCCAAAAUCAUGAUGACUUUCGGCGACUAUCCACGCGUUCCCGCCGACAUCCAACCCAGUAGGGGCUGUGGAGCUUACCAGGACAAUCUGCUCAAUAGCAAAAAUGCAUACCUUAUCUACGAUGCGCGGGCACCGAGGCCAGACAACUGGGACUUCCAGGGUUCGUGUUACAUGAUCCUCUGUCCGCAGGGGGAAUUGUUCAACUUCCGGCUCGAUCUGGCUGGGACGGAGAAUCCGCCGGCCUGGGCCAGGGACGCCCAGGGCAACCCCAAGACCGGGUGGGGGUGCAGCGGCCUAGGAGACAGAGAUACCGGGUACAUGAGGACCAUCGGGUCGACGGUUCUGCACGAGUUGCUUCAUUGUCCCGACAUCUUUGAGGGGGUCCCCAAUUAUGAUACGGUCAUCUAUGAUCGUCAACACUAUGGGUGGAAGUUCAACAUCAUCCGCAAGAUCAUCGAUUAUCCACCAAAUGACCGUUCUUAUGGACCGUGGAAGUCGGCGAACCUCAACCGGCAGCCUGCAGACCCGACCACCGGACACUCAAUCUCGAUCCAAAAUGUGGACAACUAUGUCUGGUACGCCACGUCAAAGUACUGGUCCUGGAAAUGCGGACGAUCCUUCGGCCCUGCAACGUCUCAUGCAGACAACAAUCUCCACAUAGGCCGCGGCUGGGUUCCUGCGCCGCAACAGCCGGGCAGACCACAACGUGGUGGCAAUCCUCCGGUCGCGGCACAGGUGGACAUUGAUCGACGCUCUCCCCCCGGGGAUCUCUCCGCCAUCGCCGAGCUUCUCCUUGACACGGGAUUCGAGUGGGAAUGA